CCCACCCGGCCGCGUGUGUCUGUCUAUGGCGUGUGUGGGCGCCUACUACUGUUGCUGCUGCUGCUGCUGUGGUUGCUCUUGUUGCUGCUCUUGCUGCUGCUCUUGUCCGUUGGUUCCCCAGUAGUGUGUGUGUGUGUGGUCGACAUAGGGGUUGCCGUAGAAGGGGAAGGCCGGCGACGGGCCGUGGGGGUAAUUCGCAUACAGAACGGGAAUCGCAAUCGCACCCUAAAAGAGGGAGGGAGGGAGGGAGGGAUGGAUCAAUGAAUGAAUGAAUGACAGAGAAACAUAUAUGGAUGGCGUCGAUGACGUGUGUGUGUGUGUGGACGGUUUGUUGAUGUCUUACCGGUGGAACGGUGAAGCUGAGGUCCAUGCUCCCGUCUUGCUGCUGCUGCUGCUGCAAGUCGCCAGCCAUUGUCUCGUCCUUGGCUGCCACCUCUCCCUCCCCCUCCCCCUCAGUGCCGCCCUCCUCCCCUUCAGCAGCCAUUUUCUCGUCCUUGGCUGACGUGCCACCCUCCUCCUCCGCCGCCUUUGGUGAUGAUGCCGCCUCCUGCUGCUGCUGUAGCUGGUGCUGGUGCUGCUGUGCGAUGGCGUGUGCCCACUCCAUGGCCGCCGGCGCCAUGAUGAUGGGCAUGCCCGUGUGGGUGUCGUAGCCGAUGACGGGCAUCUGCAUGGCCCCGCUCAUGGCCUGCUGGUUGUUGAAGGCCAUCUGCGCCAUCGUCAGCUCGUCGGGGAAGUAUCCUUGCCCGGUAAAGACGCCACCGCCCGCGGCCACGUAGGGGUUGUGGUACUGCUGCUGCUGCUGCUGCUCGUCAUAAGGGCCACCACCAGCACCACCGCCAGGCACAAACUCUGGCGCAUCGGCAGAGAACAGACUGGUGGUGGUCUUGGGCGCGUCGUCGGUCAUGCUGACGUCGGUUUCGGCUGGCUGCUCCCCCUCGCGCUCUCUCUGUUGUGGCUUGUCGGCAUCGACGUCCUGCAUGGCGACGUCUGCCUCCACUUGAUGUGUCGUGCCCUCGUCUUUAAAUUGGGGUACUCGCAGCGCUGUGGCGGGGGCGGCGUCUGUGUCCUUGUCGGUGGGUUUGUCGGUGUCGGUGGCUGUGGUGAUGGUGGUCAGGGGGAUGAAGCUCUUGAUCAGUGGCGAGCGCUUGCGGGUGGCCUUGGCUGCCUUGUCCUUGUCCUUGUUCUUGGCGGCUCUCUUGGACUGCACCGAGGCCUCGUUGUGCUGCAUCGCACCCUAAACACCCACACACAGACACACCGGCCUUCAUGUCACGUGCGUGUUUGAGGGGAGGGGAGGGGAGGACUGGCUGACCUGGUGGUCUCUGUAUUCGAUGUCAACGUCUUGGUUGAAUCCGUCAUCUUUGCCAAAGAUGCUCCGCAGCUCCAAAUCAACCACCUCAAACAAAGACGAAUCAACCUGCCACACCACACGCACACGCGCACACACAGGGAGAGAUGAGCAGGCAGGCAGGCAGGCAUAUCGUCUCUUGCCUACCGUAGCAUUCCAGAGGGCGAUGGUGUUGCCUCUGGGGCGGAUCGACAGCACCGCGCCGUUCUGACAAACACAGCCAGCCAAGAUCAACCACCACACCAGAGAGAAUGCCUCCUCUCCAUCACGGGAUCUCUCUCUGUCCCGCCCACCCCACGUAGUCAUCAUACCUACCAUUUCGUCGUGUCCUGUGAGUUGCAUGCCGAUCAUGCUGAGAACCAGUCGCGUGUAGAAGUCCUGGCUGUCCUCGGCGGAGAAGGCCCGGAUGACCCACCGGCCGCCAUCCUCGUUGUGCUCAUCCUCCCAUAUCGGCUUCACACCGUCCCUGCACACACACACACACACACAGCAGAUGGGGUGGGUGGCUCGGCUCAUGUUUGAGGGCCCUUCCUUCUGUCCGUCUGUCUGUGUGCUGGUGUCACUGGUGUCACUCACCUGAAGACGCUGAUAUUAGAGAAUUUGGGCAGUUUUUUUAAGUCGAUGUUGUUCCAGAACCGCCAGUAGUCCUCCACCGUCUCGAACGACCCCAUCUCGCACAGAUUGCUCUCGUAUCUCGACGCGUCGUGACCAACCUUCUUCGACUUCGCCCCGGGGUCGAACCUACAGCCACACAACACAAACACAGAGAGCCACACAAACAAACACACUCACGCACACUAUACUGCAAACGGGUUGGUUUCAUCUUCCUCUCUGAAGCCACGUUCUCACCAGAUGGCCCACUUCUGCUCCAGCCUGAUCCGCCUGAGGAUCAGAGCCCCCGCGCCCCUGCCUCCCUCCUGCUGCUGCUGCUGCUGCUGCUGCUGUGCCGUGUCCGCCUCGUCACCACCACCCGCCGCCUUGCCACCCUCACCCUCGUCGGCCAUGGUAACACUCUCUGCUGCAGCCGGCUCCCUGUCGCCACGUGUGGGGGACCUGGUCGAUGCGGCCGUCUCGCGCGUCGUCAUGGGCGACCGGCUGGUGGUGGAUAUGGACAUCUCGGUGUUUGACGUCACGGGGGUGUUGGCGGGCGGAGCGGGUGGGGCGAGGGGCGAGGGGAUCUCUGGCUGCUGCUGCUGCUGUGUCACUGCUGGUUGUUGGGAGUUGGGUGGGACGGGUGUGUCGAAGGACAGAACGAACUCAACUUCUUCCUCGUUGUCCUGUGGAGACACGCACACACACACACACACACACACGUGUAUUCGAUGCGAGUGGACUCGUCUCGUCUCGUCCAUGCGGUUCGGUGCGGUGUUUGUGGUGUUGUCACUCACUCACCGACACGUCAGAGCCCGCCGUGGCCCACCGUAUCCGCGGCUUGGACAGUGGUGAGAGCCGGGUCUGGCUGGCUGCCUGUGCCUGUGCCAGUGGUGGUGACGACGUCCGGCUGGAAACCGUGAGGUCCUUGUCGUCAGCCCCCUGCUGCUCGUGCUGCACCAGCGACAUCUCCGUGUCAGACAACACAGUGUCCUCUAUAGCACACAUCAUCACACAGAGCACGCACACCACACCACAACACGUGAAGGCCAGGCCCCACGUCCCUCCCCCCUUCCAUGCUCUCCCUCACCUGGCACAGCGCAGAUCUGUGGUGACCUCUGCGGGCUCACCCCCGGCGACGGGCCGCCGAUGCUCGCCGAGAGCAUCGGCGACCGCCGAGGGAAAGCCGGCCGCGGCACCGCCCAGCUGAUCGCUCCCCUCGACGGAGCCGACCCGGGUGUGCCGCCCCCAGACCAGUCAGCCCGCCCGGUAGCGAAGCCAAUGGUGAGGUCCGACGGCCGGCUCGUCACAAUCAGCGAACUUGUCCUCCUCCUCGCCCCUGCCAGUGGUGGCGAAAUGUGGUGAGCCGAUGGAAGACGGAGGCUGUUGGCGUUGUUGCCGCUGCUGAUGAGUGGCGAGGGGCGGUUCUGCAGCUGUGGUGACGUCUGCAGGGGGGUGGGUGGGCAUGACAUUGAGAUGACGCCGGGAGAGGGCGGGGGGCGGGAGGUGGUCUUGGGGACGACGUGGCGCAGGAAGAUCAUGGCCUGCUGCGGGGACCGUCGGUGCGCCUGACUCUCGUCCGACACCACCUUGGCGGGCCGCUCGGACAGCGACGGCGAAGCAAUCACCACCCGCCCCUCCUUGAUGCCUCCACUGAUGGCGUGGCCACCAGGAGUCGACAAUACACCCGGCGACGGAGGCGGCGCACACAGACCACCAGCAGGGCCACCACCAGCGGCCCCGCUGACCAUGACCAAGGCCGGUGAGUCGGGCAGCGAGCCUCCAUGUGACGACGAUCGGGCCACAGACGGGAAAAGGGGCGACCCAAUGCUCGGAGGCCGAUAGUCCUUCAGCACAUACAGAUGCCCACUCGCCGUCGGUGCGUGUGCGGGGGUCUGGAACCGCCCUGCCGGUGGGCGCGGCGGCCUGCUGCUCGCCGAGUCGCGGAACCUCUCGUAUCCGUCUGGUGUGGCGGCGUGCGGGCCGGAGAGGUAGAGAAGCGACCCCUUCUCCCUGCCGCCUCCAGGGGACGAAGGCAGGUCAUCACGCCCUGUCGAUGCUGAUCCCGAUGCCGUCACAGCAGCCGUCGCGAUGAGUGUCCGCUGCCUGUCGUUAUUGGUGCCGGUGGCGUCCUCCACCACUCCCUCUGUCGGCUCGGGGAUGGGUGUGAGGGAGGCAUCUUGGUGGGAGGUGGUGCCGUUGGUUGCUGGGUCUUGCAGGUUGGAGAGGGUCUGUGCGAGGAGCGGCGAGAUGCCUUUGGGAGGCUUGGGGAUGACUGCAGGCUGGCUCCCGGGACUCGGAUCCUUGUCGUCUUUCGCCUCUUCCAUGUGGAUAACCCCAGAUCCACCUAGUCUUCGGCUGUAGACAGUUCAGGGCGGGGAUCGGCGGCUGACGCUGAUAUGAACGUACGUUGGCCUCUCUGUGCAGUCGGUUGGAAGCGAUAAUAGAGAUCUCGCAAGUGUCGUCCAAAGGGUCCUCAGUCGGAAUGCACUCCCUUCAC